UGUUUACAUUUACAUUUUUCACCUUUUGUCAAAUAAAAGAGACACAUCAUUUUGCUUAUAUUCCUAAAGCAAUAACUCCGCAUAAACUAAAUAAAUAACUGCUUCAAGUAAACAACUUAAAAAUGAGUGAACCCGUGGAGUGCAAGGAAACUGUCGAGAUAGAAUCAAUGGAUACGACUCCGGUAAGUUUGGAUAUUACUUCCACAGAUGGGUCAAAACAACCAGUGGACCCUUCAGACAAGUCAAAGAAUGUAAUGGCUCCCGGGGCUACCGGCUCUGUAACCUGUUCAUUACAUCCUCUUGUAAUCAUGAAUGUAUCAGAACACUGGACAAGAACUAGAGCUCAAGCCGAAGGACAACUCGUAACAACACAGGGUUCCACUAUCAAAGUUUUUGGAGCCUUAAUUGGUAAACAAAAAGGAAGAAACAUAGAAAUCAUGAAUUCAUUUGAGUUAGUUGCUAGAACAAUUGGAGAUGAUGAUACAAUCAUUGACAGGGACUAUUACAACAUGAAGGAAGAACAAUUCAAGCAAGUAUUCAGUGACUUGGAUUUCAUUGGCUGGUACACAACUGGAGAUGCACCAAGCCAAGCAGACAUAAAAGUUCACAAGCAAAUCUGUGAAAUUAAUGAGUCCCCCAUAAUGCUAAAACUAAAUCCCUAUGAUAAAAAUAUUGAUCACCUGCCUGUCUCUCUAUAUGAAUCAGUUAUUGAUUUGGUCAGUGGUGAAGCUACCAUGCUGUUUGUUCCUCUCAUUUAUACCUUAGCCACUGAAGAAGCUGAGAGGAUUGGAGUUGACCAUGUUGCCAGAAUGUCAUCCAGCGAUAAUGGGGAGAGUUCCUUGGUUGCUGAGCACUUAAGUGCUCAACAUAGUGCUAUUAAAAUGCUUCACUCCAGAGUACGUUUAGUUUUGGAAUACAUGAAAGCAGUACAAAAUGGCCAAUUGCCUAGAAAUCAUGAAAUUCUUAGGGAGGCAUAUUCUUUGUGUCACAGAUUACCACUGGUUCAAAGUCCCAGGUUCAGACAAGAUUUCUACAAUCAAUGUAAUGAUGUAGGCUUGAUGACUUACCUGGGAGCCUUGACCAAAAGCUGCAAUGAUUUAAACCAGUUUGUAAAUAAAUUUAAUAUUCUUUAUGAAAGGCAAGGACUAGGCAGAAGAAUGAGAGGCAUUUUCUUUUAAAUGUAAAAGAUCAAACCAUCUAAUUUUUCGGUAGUCUAACUAGGGUUGCAACGCCUUGGGAUAACCAUUUUCUGAAUAUCUAAGGCUUAAUUUUAAUAAAUUAUUUUUGAUGUU